AUGAGUGUGAGUCGUAUUAAAGGAUUUGACCCACUUGGUUUUUCCGACCCACUGCUUCUUCCCACAAAACCAAAAGAAUUACCCCCACCACAAGUCUCCAUUUCCAUCAUUUGUAGUGUUCCUCCGACUCAAACGGUGAACUCGAUGAUACAGACGAAUGCUUUUCAUUUUCUUUUAGAAGGAAUUUCGCAUGAAAUAUACUCGAUUGAUGCCUCCGGCAAUUGUGAAUUGUAUGAGGAAGGGGUUGAAUGUAAUACCAUUGAAAUUUUUGGACGUGGCGGGGCUGUGGUACAUAUAACUAGUGAGUGCAAAGAAGUCUCUGUUAAUUUCAAUGAUAAAUACGUGUCAGUCAUUGUGAGUCCUUACACCACAGUGGCUGACCUAUUAAGAGCAAUUGAACAUUCUCUUGGGCUCAAGACAAGUCAUGUUUUGUAUCUCAAUGAAGGUCGGCGCAAACAGGUCUUCCUUCGGCGAAACGUAUUAGUGUGGAACUUAAAAAGUGACUUCACAAUGGCGGAGACGUCCUUAAAAUUUGAAACGAACAAACCUUUACCCAUGAAGGGGGAUACACCAAAUUUCGACGUGUUAUGUAUCGCCGAAUUCCAGAACAUCCCGCCCUUCGAGACGAUUGUCGACUCAAGUUGGGACAAAGAAAGUGUUUUAACUUUUUUACUAGGAACAGUUUCAAUACCCUUAUCCGAGGCGUCCAGUUACGAUUUAGUCAUUAAAAAGGGCAACAAAGUCUUUUCCUUUGAACAAACGGUUUCGUGUUGGGCAAAAGAUGGGUCCAUCGUAUUAGAAGUGAACAAAAAGCCCGAGUGUCAUUUAAUAGUCGUUGGCGAUUACUUAGAAAAGAAGCACAACCCUCUUCGAACAGUUGAUUACUAUAGACAAGCACCCACAGAAGACGACAAUUGGGUCUAUGCAAAUCGCAUGUCUUUCAUCAUCGCAACAAGUGCAUUAACUUCAAUCAACGCAGUCGCUUUGAAAUUCCAAGCUACAAACACUUUCAUGUUCAUCGUGAGUAAAACCGGAGAAGUCUUUUCCGUCGAAAACACCGACCAAAUCGCAGACGCAAAGAAAGUCGUUUUCAUAAAAUCGUCCGGCGCAAAGCCCUCGACCUUCUUCUGUAAAUCUCUCGACGUCUUAGACCCCUUCGAACCUGUUGUAUUCGACGAAAAGGGGCUUAUUAUAACAAAAUACAGAACAAUUCUAGUAAGCCCAGAAAACCAAACGUUAAUAUCAAUCCCUCAUGCCGCCGUUUGUGUACUGCAGCUAUACACCAUUGACGAUUCCCACGACGCUAUUGUCCUUCUGUGCAAGAAUUUAAAAACGUCCGUUAUAGUGUCUGACAGUUCCAAAGUUCAACGCGUUUUAAGCAUUUUCUUUGAUGAAAAAUGCCGUCUUCUUUUUCCACGUUCCAAUACUGAAACGUACGCGUUUCGUUCUUCUGGAACAACUUCAGGAGAGUCAGAGUGGCGAGCAAUGUCGUAUUCCAAAGAAUUUUCAAGGUUAGGACUGACGGCUCAAAAUGGCUUUAAAAUGGCUGAUAACCGCGAUGGGACAAUUUCACCAACGUACCCCCAAUCAGUCGUUUUACCGGACGGAAUCCAGUAUUCCACUGUAUUAACCUUCCGUUCUAAAGGUCGAAUACCCGCGAUUAGUUGGAGGGGCGAGAAGAAUCAAACGAUUUCGCGAUCCGCCCAACCGCUCCCCGGCACGCUGGGACGGGUCCGGUGUGAAGAGGAUGAAAAUCUUCUGAGGCAGUUAGUGAACUUGACGAAGGCCGGAAGUAAACGAUUAGCAAUUUAUGAUGCGCGGCCGCCUCUGAAUGCACAAGCGAAUCGGUUGCAAGGGGGUGGGAUAGAAAGUUCGACGUAUUACCCGUUUGCGGACUUUUCGUAUUUGUCGAUUGAGAACAUCCACGAGGUGAGGAACGCGUUCUACAAACUGCUGCGAGCUAUUUUGAGUGUUCCGCACACGAGUUACGAGUACAAAAAUUGCAUUGAGAAUUCGAAGUGGUACCAAUUUAUCUACGCCAUCUUCAUUGGGAGCGUCCAGAUAGUCGAGAAGGUCAAACGAGGAGAUUCCGUCUUGGUCCACUGCUCGGACGGAUGGGACAGAACAAGUCAAUUGACGUCACUUUCGAUGAUGGUGUUGGACCCCUAUUAUAGGACUAUUGAAGGGCUUUUGGUGCUCAUUGAGAAGGAAUGGAUCAACUUUGGGCAUCGCUUUAAAUUCAGAAGCGGGUUGGGAGCGAAAUUUGAUAUUGAUGUUGGGGGUGUUGUGCAGUCGAUAUACCCCAACGCGAAGGCGAAAGAAACUGGGAAAAUAGGAGGAGACGAUAACGAGUUUUCGCCAGUGUUCCAACAAUGGGUCGAGUGCGUGGAAAUACUCAGAAAACAAAACGAAACGGCGUUUGAGUUCAAAGGAGAUUUACUCAUCUUUUUGUUGGACAGUUUGUAUGACUGCCAGUUUGCUAAUUACUUGGAAUACCCAAAUACUAGUCCUAGAAAUAUCACUAAUAUGCUCUCUAUUGUGCCUUAUGUCUUGGGACACCGAACGAAAUUUGAAAAUCAAAAUUUCAAGGCCGUUUCUAAUGAUAUUAAAGUCGACGUCAACCCAUUGCAAUUCAAGUUGUGGAAGGAAUACUAUAACAGAUUUGAUAAGGCUUAUACACUUAAUGUAUAA